UAUAAAACAGGAAAGGUACAGUGAAUUUUCUUAUCUAUUCUCCAAACGCAAGUCAUCUCAUCCGGGUAUAUUUUCAUAAACUUCCCUAACUCUAUUUUCUUUCUUUGUCCCUAUUUGACCUUUAUUAAUGGAUGCACUAGUGCUCAGCGAAUGUUUACGAGAGUGUAUGGAAAGUUACACCGAAAAAAUUAAUGAUAGAACAUUUAGUACUAAAUCAUAGUAAGUUCAUGGUUCAACCAUUUUGUAACACUAAAUCCGCCUACUAUUUAGUCUUCAGUAUUCGGUAUUUUCAGUCGAACUAACCAGUACAAUAGAGUUUCUUAAACCAUGCUGUCCAGGCCAAGCCGAAGCCGGUAUCCGGGUCCCUUAUCUUUAAAACAACCCACGUCAUAUUCGCGGCAAAUCAUGCACACGGGAAAGCGUGCCUCCUUCACAUCUCAUCUAACUCUCAUUCAUUUUCCACCCCUUUUUUUUUAAAUAAUUUUAUUUUCCUCUUCAGUUCAGUCUUCACAGAUCCCACUCCCUCAAUUAUAUUCAAAAUAAUACUACAAUCCCACCACCAAGCCACCAACUGCCAAACUAAUCCAUUUUUGACUUCCCUCCCUCCCUCCCGUUCCUCCGCAAUCCGUUCCCAAGCAGAAGCAAAGAAGAAAACAAACAAAGAGUAUACUUCCAUGGAAGAGUCCUCAGCUCAACGCCGCCUCGAGACCGUUCAGAGCCACUUGCUCCACGGCGGAGACGAUCGGUCGCUUCGUUUGGAACCUAACUUCACCGCCUCGUUGCAGUUCGUGAACAGUCAUACGUACAGCGUAAGUCUGCCGGAGAAAUUGCAGACUGGGAAGUGGAAUGUUUACAGAUCCGUGCGGUCUCCGUUGAAGCUUAUGAGCAGGUUUCCUGAUCAUCCAGAGAUUGGGACAUUGCACGAUAACUUUCAACAUGCUGUUGAGAAUUAUCGAGAUUACAAGUAUUUGGGGACGCGAAUUCGGCAGGAUGGAAAAAUUGGAGACUACAUGUGGAUGACAUAUGGAGAAGCUGCUACUGCCAGGGAAGCGAUAGGUUCUGGCCUUCGUUAUAAUGGCUUGGACAAGGGAGCUUGUAUUGGAACUUAUUUCGUAAACAGACCAGAAUGGCUGAUCGUGGAUCAUGCUUGUGCAGCAUAUUCAUACAUCUCGGUUCCCUUAUAUGAUACUCUUGGUCCAGAUGCAGUUAAGUUUGUGGUGAAUCAUGCUGAUGUGCAAGCCAUCUUUUGCAACCCUGCGACCUUGAACACUCUGUUGACAUUUGUCUCAGAGAUUCCAUCAGUGAGGCUCAUAGUGGUUGUUGGGGGUGUAGAUGAGAACUUACCAUCGCUGCCUUCUUCUGGAGUCAAGCUCAUAUCUUAUCUGAAAUUGAUUGGUGAGGGCCGCAGCAGCCUACAACCUUUUAUUCCUCCUAGACCUGAAGAUGUCGCAACCAUAUGUUACACCAGCGGUACAACUGGGACGCCGAAGGGAGUUGUCUUGACACAUGGAAACUUGAUCGCAAGUGUUGCUGGUUCCAGUUUGUCUAUCAAAUUCAAUUCUUCAGAUAUUUACAUAUCUUACCUUCCUUUGGCACACAUCUAUGAACGAACCAACCAAAUAUCAGCCGUGUACUAUGGUGUUGCUGUUGGCUUCUAUCAGGGGGACAGUUUGAAGUUGAUGGAUGAUUUGGCUGCUUUAAGACCUACAAUAUUCUGCAGUGUCCCUCGGUUGUAUAACCGGAUAUAUGAUGGGAUCACAGCUGCUGUGAAGACUUCUGGAGCGUUAAAGGAGAAACUUUUUAAUGCUGCCUUCAACUCAAAGAAGCAAGCAUUAAUGAGUGGUCGGACUCCAUCACCAAUGUGGGAUAGAUUGGUUUUCAAUAAAAUAAAGGCUAAGCUAGGAGGGCGGGUUCGGCUUAUGGGAUCAGGCGCUUCACCCCUGUCUCCUGAUGUUAUGGACUUCCUGAGGGUGUGCUUUGGAUGUCAAGUGCUUGAGGGAUAUGGAAUGACUGAGACGUCUUGUAUCAUAAGCAUUAUGGAUGAGGGUGACUAUCUAUCUGGUCACGUUGGAUCUCCAAAUCCUGCUUGUGAAGUAAAACUGGUGGAUGUUCCUGAAAUGAAUUACACCUCACAAGACCAGCCUUAUCCUCGCGGCGAAAUAUGUGCUAGGGGUCCAACCAUCUUCCAGGGCUACUACAAAGAUCAAACCCAGACAAGAGAAGUAAUAGACGAGGAUGGAUGGUUACAUACAGGAGAUAUUGGACUAUGGCUAGACGGAGGCCGCCUCAAGAUUAUUGAUAGGAAAAAGAACAUCUUCAAGCUCGCACAGGGCGAAUACAUAGCUCCAGAGAAGAUCGAGAAUGUUUACACCAAAAGCAGAUUCGUUGGCCAAUGUUUUAUCUAUGGUGAUAGCUUCAACUCAUCCUUGGUCGCCAUAGUAUCGGUAGACCCAGAUGUGUUGACAGAAUGGGCAACUUCCCAAGGGAUCAAGGCUGACGAUUUAGGCCAACUAUGCAAGGAUCCAAGAGCUAGAGCGGCAGUCCUUGCUGACAUGGAUUCAAUAGGAAGGGAAGCACAGUUGAGAGGUUUCGAGUUUGCCAAGGCUAUAACUCUUGUUCCUGAGCCAUUUACCCUGGAGAACGGGCUACUAACUCCAACCUUCAAGAUUAAGAGGCCUCAGGCGAAGGACUGUUUUGCCAAAGCCAUAACUGACAUGUACGACGAGCUUUCUGCUUCCGACCAUCAGACUCCGACCUCGAAGCUGUAGCUAGACAGUCAGAUGAGUCGUUCAUUGGUUGGUUAUCCGAUUAAAUUAGUGAAACAGAAUUUGCUCUAGAAAAUAAUCCACACCCAAAAAUCCAACAAUAAGAAGCAUAUAAUAAUUCGUAACUCGUUAACUUUUGAGAUGAAAUGGGGGGUUUUUGGUUGGCGGGGGUGAGGUGUAAUAUUCCCAAACUGUUGUAAAUUAAACCCUGAACUGAAUCUGGGAUGCACAAAAUGGUAAGAUACAUCACAUCUCUUGGUUGGGGCAAUAGUUACGGAUACAGCAGAUCUUAACUACUAAGUUGCAGUUUUCCUCCUUCCACAAUGCAUCUUCUUGACCAGCUCGUCCGAACACCAAACGGAUGAUCAACAGUUCCUUGUCAAAACGACGACGUAGGAGCUCGAGCCCCUGAUGGCUCGUAGUAUGCGUUCCUCCACGUUUCCACCUCGGCCCAGGUCUUCCACGUCGCUGUCCCUAAACGACUUGAUUCGUUUUCUGCGGAGUGUGGCGCACAGAUGGUCUACAAAAGUGUUGCGCACAUCCACACCGCGGAAGCUUAUGAAGACGUCAUGUUUCGAUUGCCACGAAGACUGAGACGGAGUUGGAUUAGUCAUGGUUGCACGGAAGCGACCUUGAUGAUGGGGUUUGGAAGGUGACGGACGCAUAGUAGCGAACAAAGCCUUGAGCCAGUGACUAGUUUUGUAUGCUGAAAAGGCAAUGAGUAAAGAGUAAUAUUUUAG